AUGAAUAAAAUCGAUAUUAUUUCAAAUCAAUUAAUGAUCUAUGCUGGUAUAAUUAUGUAUUUAUUUGGUUCAAUUGGAAAUAUUUUAAAUAUAUGGGUAUUUACAAUAUGGUCUCGUUCUCCAAAACGAUCACAGAAACAUUAUCGACAUAGUCAAACAAGUAAUAGUUCAUUAUAUUUACUUGCAUCAUCCGUCGCAAAUUUAUUUGUUAUUAUUUAUCCUCUAUUAACACGUAUUAUGUUUGAUGGUUAUCAUUAUCGUGUAACAGACAAAAAUGUAUUUAUAUUAUGUAAAUUAAGAUUUUAUGUUUUACAUACAUUUGAUUUAAUAUCAUUGAUAUGUAUUUGUAUGGCAACAUUUGAUCGAUAUUUAGUAUCAUCAAGAAAAGUUCGUUUACGAAAAUUAAGUACAAGAAGACAACGAACAAAAUUAAUUAUAGUAUUUAUUUUUUUUUCUUAUUGGACUUCAUAG